CUUGCCGGUCAAUAGUCAAAACUAUUGCCCGAGGUCCAAAUAAAUGGUUACAUGACAUUAGAAAUAUUCACAGUUGUAUUUUCACUUAUUAGCCCAGAAAACAUGUAUUGAAUACAUACCGGAUAUAUAACACAAACUAUAGACCGGUGAUUUAUAUAAAGAGCGCAUAUGAGAUAUGUAAUUGUCUAUCAGAUUUACAUUGCCAACAUUAACAUUCUAUCAAAACACUUUACAUGAACCAUAAUUGUUCUCUUGUGGUACCAACAGCGCAAUGAAGUUCUUUCUAUGUGAGUGUUAAUAUUAAAGUCCCAACGCUUUUGUAAUAGGUGAAUUUAGUUCGUUCGCAACAGUCUCCCGAUAACCUGUUGUACAUUCUUUCCUACUGCUUGACAAGAUUUUCCCCAUGACGUUUUAGGGUCUGGAUCUAUUAUCUACACAAGCUACGCUGACGACGACAGAAACGGCUAUGUUGUCUAUGGAUUUGGUUAUUCCUCGAUUCGAGUGUGGGUUCCUUCUCGUCCGUGGGGAUUUUUGUUUAGUGGUGCUGAUGGAGGAGCAGGUUUCUGAAUCUACGGAAUCAAAGUAAAAUCAGCUUUCCUUGAACUGUAUGCAUGGCGGGAGGAAAGUUUGACACCAAGUUUUACAUUAAAGAAAACCAUUUCUCCUGGUCGUAUAAGUUCAUCCGAUUUGACAAUGCACUUUAACCAGGAAAGUGCUGAAAACGAAACAUUUACAAGAGCAUGGGUACAAGCAAUUGACGGUGUGAAUUCUGGAUAUCGUUUUGUUGGUAAUGGUGCACUUGCGUAUGACACAUAUAAUGUGUCUACACCAUGUAGUUACGGGGGACUUGUUUAUGCAUUCACAGACAGUACAAUGCGAUUCUGGAAGCCAGGAACAGCCACAAACGGAGCGUUAAUUUGUCUACAAGAUAAACUUGGAGAAGGCACAAAUACACAAGCUUCUUCGCAUGGAAUAGCAAUUGUUAGAAGUUGGCAAUUAGGACUUGAAGCGUUUGUGAAAAUUCGAGGUGGCUGGACAAGAUACUCUGGUUUAGUAGAAGUUUUUGUCAACAAGUCAUGGAACCCUAUUUGUUUGGAAGAAUUUACAAAUUACGAUGCGAGAAAUGAUGCAAAUAUCCUUAAAGCUGAUCAAAAAGUGUGGCUAGACAGUCCUGUUGCUGGAAAUUGCAGAGGAGAAACAGUUCUUACCUGUCACUUUAGCGACAUCCCAUUAUCUACCUGGACAUGGAGUAGAAAAUAUGGAGAUUCUUGGUCUACGUUUAUGGAAAAUGGAACGCAGAUAGGUCCAAAUCCUUCAAGCGUUCGAGAAGAAAUGAAUGUGUCUUUUUCGUUAAUAAUAGAAGGCGCUGAUAACAUGGCACGUGGAUGGUACAAAUGCGGAGUGGGACAAUUUGUAUCUGAAGAAAAAUGGUUGGAUAUGGAAUGCAAACCUGAGUGUGCUGCUGUCUUUCUGACACCCGAAAAACAUUUAGAAAUUGUACUUGCAAACGUUCAUCCAAUCCCAAAAAUUGAUUUAAUUUUGAAGGACGAGGCAUUUAAAGAUGUUGCGAUAGAUUUUCAACGUUACUGUGGUGGGAAUAGAUGGACACUCACCUGUAGAUGGAUUACUACAACACCACUCCAAGACGGUCAAUAUUUUUAUAGACUGGUCGCAACAACAGUUACGGACACACUAUUUAUUGGCACCAUCAAUUAACAGAAUGUUUCUCCAGAAAGAAAAUUGUUUUUGCAAUGUUAUAAGUCACUUUUUUCUUUGUCAAAGGUUUUGGCUAUGAUGAUGUUUCUCAGACUUGCCAUAGGCACUAAAUGCACAUUGUACAACGCUUAACUGUUUAAUUUUCAAUUACUACAACUAGAUAACGACUUAUUAUUUCAAAAUAUUAAAAAUAAUGGGAAAAGGUUGCUAUUUGUAUUGAAAUAAGGUAUGCAUUUAAUAUGUAGCCAAAAUUCGUGACAAACAAAAUGACUAAUUGUUGUUGAUUUACCUGUUGGCAAGUACUAACUGAAGUCUGAACAGAUUAAUUUUUCAUUGUCAAAAUCUUAGAGAAAUAAAAAUGAUCCUUACAAUUUGGCCGAUAAGUAUUCAAAGAUAAUGUACUUGUUGAAAAUAACAAUUGUGUUUGCAUUAAUAGUGGUAUAAUUACGUUAUCGUUAACAAUUUAGUUUAUUGUAGGUGCCAAAGUUAAUAUAAAAGUACUUGAUAUAUAUAGAUAAAAGCCGGA